AUGUUGGAACUGAAGAAAAAGUUGGAUGAAAACGAAAGACUACCUGGGCGAGACGUAUAUGAGAAGAAAAUUUAUGAUAUAGUUAUGGAUCAAGAAACUUCUUCUCAGGACAGCAGUGAGCCGUACAUUCCUCCAUUCCUGAGGAACAUUGUUGGCGUUGUGAAGUCAUUCAGUGGAGGCGGCAAUGCUCGAGUUCUAAGCCCUCGACUUGCACCCCUUCUACCGGAUAAGGCAGCGUCUCGUGGAGUCCUCUCACCAGCACUCUUUCCUUUCUACAGAGACGAUUCUGAGGAACAGAUAUUACCAGUACCGAAAAUGCUAGAAGCAAGUGGCCUCAAUGAGAAAGACCGUGAGCGCAUUUUGGAGAUGGUCAUGGAAGUUUCUGGUGCUCGCGAUACCGUGGAGAAUGCCAUGAAGAUUGGGGAAAGCUUUGAGCGAUUGCGUGCCUCGUUCAGCUACGAUCAGGUGAUGGAUCUGGACCGAAGAGGCUUUACUUUUUUGGAAGUUGAUCAGAUGAGAAAACUUAUUCGUGGCCAAGGAUUGAAGGAGCCCGAACUGGAAGAGCAGAUCGAGCUCUACGGUCGCACGCCCAAGAUGAAAAGGGAACAGGCGCUUUGGAGUACUGUAGCCGAAUUAGCCGGUAGAAAUCAUGUUAGUUUUAGAUAUGUAAAUAAUGCAGACGUUUUCGACGACAGGAAUUCUUAG